AUGGACAAAACAGUUGUAGAAGGGAUAGAGCUUGGGCCAAUUAGCCAAGAGAUUAUGAAAAAUCAGGCAACCGUUAACAUAGGAAUGAUAGGGCAUGUGGCUCACGGAAAGUCGACGAUUGUCAAGGCAAUAAGCGGAAUAAAAACUGUGCGGUUUAAAAGCGAGCUGGAAAGAAACAUAACAAUUAAACUUGGGUAUGCAAAUGCAAAAAUAUACAAGUGCACAGGGGGGCUGUGCAAGCGCCCAGAGUGCUAUAUUUCCACGUCAAGCGGGCAAAAGCCCCCAAAGGCCUGCCGGACGAAAGACUGCACGGGAACAAUUGUUCUAGAGAGACACGUUUCUUUUGUCGACUGCCCGGGGCACGAGGUUCUUAUGGACACAAUGCUUACAGGUGCUGCGAUCAUGGACGCUGCCAUUUUGAUCAUUGCCUCGAACGAGCAAUGCCCGCAGCCGCAGACGGUUGAGCAUCUGAACGCGAUUGAUGUUGUCCAGCUGGAAAAAGUGAUUAUUUUGCAGAACAAGGUAGACCUGCUCACUCGGGAGCAGGCCCUUGAAAACCACGACCAAAUAGAGAACUUCAUAAAGGACUCCUCCGCCAAAAACGCCCCAAUCAUACCUACGUCUGCGCAGAUUGGAUGCAACCUGGACGCCAUACUGGACUACAUUGUAAACUACAUCCCCGUGCCACAGAGAGAGUACACCGAGGCUCCCCAGGUUCAGGUCAUCCGGUCUUUCGACAUAAACAAGCCUGGGUGCAAGCCCUCAAACUACAAGGGCGGCGUCAUUGGAGGGUGCCUAACUAGGGGGUAUCUGCAAGCAGGGGAGACAUUGGAAAUCCGCCCGGGCAUUCUGGAAAAAGUGCAGGGAAGGCUAACGUGCAAGCCUGUUCGAACAAAAAUCGUAUCUUUAUUUGCGGAAGCAAACAUGCUUAAGGUGGCGGUUCCUGGCGGGCUGGUUGGCAUCGGAACGGAGCUGGACCCUUUCUUCUGCAGAGGAGACAAGCUGGUUGGGCAGGUUCUGGGGAGGCCCGACACGCUCCCGGAGGUCUACAGGGAAAUGUCCAUAAAGUACCAUCUGUUUGAAAAGCUCACUGCAGAGACGCCUGCGCUGGGCAAGCCGCUGGCCGUAAAGGAGCAGCUUCUCAUAAACAUAGGCAGCAGCUCAAGCCGCAUCCAGAUAACAGCAACAAAGGGCGCAGAGGCGUCUUUUGUGCUGGCCACGCCCAUCUGUGCCGAGAUAGGCACCACGCUCAGCAUAUCUAGAAAGCUAAGAGGCCACUGGAGGCUGGUGGGCGCCGGGACCAUAGAAAGCGGAACCGGCCUGCCUAUUUUAUACGACUAA